GGCAGACUCAUUUCCAACUAAACUGAGGAGUGAGAGGCAUUUAUCGAAAAAAAGGGAGUUCUGUGGAAAACAGUUUCAGAGAUUUUUCCUGAAAAAUAUAUUACGAUGGGAAGCUAGGACUCGAGAUCAAAGAAGCAUUGUAACUGGAGACCGCCAGAGAAACUCACCUUACUCAGAACGCUUCCUGAGAAGAGAGGAUUUGGAUCAGACGCAUAUUUGUGAGCGUGCUUAUUUCUUUAAACGACUUUUAAUUGUUUAUUUAUAUCACUGAUGUACAUGUAUGUUUUAAUUGUACAUCUGGGGGAUGAGUUGGAACAGAAGAAAGUUUUACGGCAAAUUUGAGAAGUGGGAUCAUUUGAUCACGUUGAAAGAUUACUUUAUUUUAUAUGUGUAAUUAAUAUAGAAAAACAGAAGAAAAACUUACGCCAGCGACAUUUUUUUUUCCAAGACAUUUUUUAGUUCUUCUUGUAAAAUCUAAUUUGGGAAAGAAGGCGUUCCAACACAUAUUACUCCCAUUGAUCUAUCUGUCAUCUGUUGAUGUAUUUAUUUCAAAAACUUUAAUAUCGGAUCUCUCUUACUUUAGGAUCUCUCUUGUGAAAACGGGGUUGUGUUAAGCAACUAAAGAAAAUGUUAGUUGCCGGUCCUUUAUUUUAUAUUAAAACCAGGCCGCCUUAUCAUAAGAAACUAAAUCAUUUCCAAACUGGUUUAGUUAUUUUUGUCCAUGUUUUGGUGUUUGCACAGGCAACAACUUGCCCUCAAAACUGUGAGUGUUCUGGGCUUGGCAGAACUGUAAUUGUGAAAUGCGUCAACAAGGACUUGAAUGCUAUUCCCCAACCGUUACCUUUAAAUGUCAAGACUCUCUUUAUAACGGGGAAUGACAUCCCUCACCUCAAACAUGAUGCAUUCCCACAGUCCCUGGACCAGCUAACUAACCUGAACCUAAGUAGAAAUAAGAUAGAGGUCAUUGACCCGUUUGUCUUCACCAAAAUGCCAAGCCUGAAACAACUUGAUCUGAGCAAUAACAGGAUUUACAAAUUCAGUCCCAAAGGUUUCAGUACCAACAACGUAUUGCAAGAAUUAAAUCUAAGCAGCACCCUAUUCAAUAACUCCUUCAUAGAGGAAAUAUCAGCUUUGGUUCGGAACGAGACUCUAGUAAACCUGGUGAGGUUGGAAUUAUCAGGUAAUGGUCUGAUGUAUCUCCCUGAGGAUAUGUUUACAAGCUUACCAAAUCUGAAGACACUUGCCUUAAGAAACAAUUCCAUUGUUAACUUGAAAAAUGGGACUUUUAAAAAUCUAAGACUUAAGAGUUUGGACAUGAGAGAGAACUCCCUGAAAGAACUCUCAAAUGCCACCCUGGAUGACUUUGACCUCCAACCAGACAUCUCUAUCCAGCUGGCGGAUAAUGCUUGGGUUUGUGAUUGUAAUAUUGAAGAUCUCCUCGUUUGGCUUGGGAGAUCGGACGCUGUGUUGGACAAAGGAGAACUGUCCUGCGCUUUCCCAGACAGCUUGAGGGACACACGGCUCCUUGAAGUGAACAUCUCGGAGCUGCACUGCCCUUUCUGUAAAGACAUGAAAAGCGUUUUGCAAACUUCUUAUGUCUUUCUGGGAAUUGUGCUGGCACUGAUCGGAGUGAUUUUCCUCCUGGUUUUGUACCUGAAUAGAAAAGGAAUAAAGAAGUGGAUUUAUAACAUCCGAGAUGCGUGCCGAGAUCACAUGGAAGGGUACCAUUACAGAUAUGAAAUUAGCACAGACCCACGGUUAACCAACCUCAGUUUGAAUCCUGAAGUUUGAAAGUAAUUAUAAUUGACAGGCACAUUGACUUGUUAUAGCUAUGCAUGACAUCCUCUCACUAAAAAUAGGCUUAAGUCUGUGCUUGCCCUUUUCCAUAGAAACCAGACUUUGCAACAGUAAUAACUUUAUGUGUUCCUGCUAGGAAUUUGCCAUCAUGCACCCUAAUGAUGUGAUGUUCAUUGAUGUGUUUUGUCGUUCUUUUGAUAUUGUGCAAUGCUGCAUGGUGAGAGACUUACAAUACUGCGGGGCCUUAGCAAGGAUAUUGAACUGUACAUUCUAUUUGAAGAUGCAUUUUCUCCUACAACACUUGCAAUGAUUUACAGAUUUUCAUACUACUUCUAAAUAUAGUAUUAAUGUGUCAUUAUAAUAAAUACAGUAAGCCUAUGCUGUGUAACAUAUAGCACAUUUACGGUUUAUACAUAUCUACAUGUUAUUAUUCCCUUUGCAAAGUUGAAUGUUUAAAUUGGUUAUCUUGGUGGUCCAGUGGUUAGAGAAAGGGGCUUGUUACCAGGAGGUUCCCAGUUUAAAUCCCAGCUCAGCCACUGACUCACUGUGUGUGACCCUGAGCAAGUCACUUAACCACCUUGUGCUCCGUCUUCGGAUGAGAUGUCAAACUGAGGUCCUGUUGUAAGCAUAGUUCACCCCCUAAUCUCUGUAAGUUACUUUGGAUAAAAGUGUCAGCUAAAUGACUAAAUAAUAAUAAUAACCUUAAGUAAUACUUUUUCUUCCAUGUUUUUUCUUUUGAGAAAAAAAGGUAAUGCUGUUUAUAAAGUACUGUGCAUGUCAUAACAUUUGUUUUUUCAAGUUUGUGGUUUGCGUCCUUGAAACAAUUCAGACUUUUUUAAAGAGCUUACAGUUAAAAAGACUGUAAGCAGAUUGUAGCACAAGAGUAGAGAAGGUUUUCUUACUUCAUCAAAAUAAACUAACAAAUACUGGGAAGAAAUUUCACUUUUGGGAUUACCUGUUUGUGCUUUACAGUCUUGCUUUUCCUCUGAAACUAAAACUGUAAAAUGUAAUGAAAGAGAUUACUGUAUGUGGCUCCAAGCAUACAACAAACUGGGUUACAGGUGUUAGCCUUAGUGUUUGAUUUAAACAGUAGCAAGGCUACUUUUACAUGCUUAUGUAGUCUCAAUACAUAGGCUAUAAGGUGUAGUGUUAAGGUAAGAGCUAGCAACGACACCAUAUUUAGAGAGCUUCUCAUAAUGGGUUUUCUGAUUCAAUACAAACAUGUAAAAUAUGUUUUAAACAUUUAAAACAGUUAUUCUUAAAGUUUAAGAAAAAAACAAUCUAAAGGUCUCUCUUGUUGCACACGUUUUGUGAAACACAGACGCCUGUGGGACUGGCAUGUUUCUGAUAAUGUUUAAGACAAAAUUAUAAUCUAUAAAAUUUAGCUUAUGUUUAAAUAUUUAAAAUACAUUUACACCAUUGCUUAUAUUUGAGUUUUUUAAUAAGCUGUUCAGAGGCACGUAUCCUGUAGAAUCAAUCGUAAUCCCUACUAAUAUGUGGUCUGCCUGUAAUAAGCACAAUAUGUUACUGGAGGGAUAGAACCCAAAGGAACCUCUUGAGACCGCAUGGUGCCUAUGGAAUGUGUUUUGUUUUGUAUUGUAUCCUGUAUCGGGGGUGCACGAGGAUAAUAGACACUGUACUGAAGGUGCUUUGCUUUUAUUUAUUUUUUUAACCAGUGAAACAAAAGCAUGUUUUAAAGAAAGUUAUGUGCAAAUAAACAAGAAUGACCAUUACAAACGUUGAAAUGUGUAAUGUGUAAACCUUAAAAUACAAUGGAAGUGGAAAAUCGCUGAACAGAAUUACAUUUUGCAUGAGUUACUAAGACUGGUACUAAGCAGAAACAGCAAUACAGAAUUAAACAAUACACAGUAAGUAUUGUAUAUUAGGCAGGCAAGAAAAUACAUUUACUAAAAAGGUAAGUGGUAAAUCCUUUAAAUUGGUAGCCACCACCGGUGUAACUUUUCAAAAUAAAUAAAGGUUUGAUUUUU